AUUUGCUGCUAGCAUUUGUAAGCAGUUUAAACUACUUUUUCUCAACGUCUUUAAUUAACAAAAGCAUUCAUCUUGAGGGUAACUUAAUUGCUGUAGUUUUUUUUAUUGAAGCAAUUCAUUCAUGUCUCUUUGUGAGACACUUAUGGAUCGGAAUUAGACUUCAAGCUAUGAGACCGCCCGCCCGCUCCUGACCGCUGGAAGCUUUCCCUGUGCGUUCGCGCUGCUUCUGGAGUGAUUCCAGCCGCUCUCUCCCCGAGCACGACGAGGAGAAAAGCCCGUCCCUACCCCAUGGGAGACCCCAUGGAUGACCGCUAUUCCUCCAAACUGUCCCCGGCCGUGGACUACGCAGCCGGUGCGUUCCUAUUUCUUGUGGCCCUGCUGACGUUGCUGGGCAACAUGCUGGUUCUGAUCACGGCGUUUAAGCGGAGGAGCCAGAUCAAGCCGGCGGAGCUGCUGAGUGUGAACCUGGCGCUGACGGACCUGGGCGCGGCACUCAGCAUGUACCCCAUGGCCAUCGCUGCCUCCUGGAGCCAUGGCUGGGUGGGGGGGCCGCCCGCCUGCCGGUACUACGGCAUGAUGGGAUUCCUCUUCGGCGUGGCCAGCAUCGCCACCCUCACUGCCAUGGCAGGGGUGCGCUUCAUCGUGUGCCUGAGCGUGCAGUCUCCCAAAGAGAAGCUCAGUCUGCGGGGCGUGUGGGUGCUGGUGGCGUGCACCUGGCUGUAUGGCCUGCUCUGGGCACUGCUCCCCCUGCUGGGCUGGGGCCGCUACGGGCCGGAGCCGUUCGGGACGUCCUGCAGCCUGGCGUGGGGGGACCUGGGCGACGCGAGCGGGGCCUUCGUCUUCGUCAUGUUCUCUCUGGUGCUGGUGCUCCCCGCCGCCGUCAUCAUCGCCUGCUACUCGGGCCUGGUGCUCAGGCUGCACCGGGCCUAUAAAACCGUCCACAGCCGUCGCCUGCCCAGCGUCAUCAAGACCCAGCGCAAGCUCGUGCUGAUUGCGGUCCUCGUGAGCGCAGGGUUCCUCGGUAGCUGGGCUCCGUACGCUGCGGUCAGUCUUUGGUCCGUGCUGCAGGCCACGCCCGUUCCCCCCAGCCUGGCGCUGCUGCCCUGCCUGCUUGCCAAGUCAUCCACCGUCGUCAACCCGCUGGUGUACUACCUGUUCAGCCACACCUUCCGCCGAGCGGUGCGCAACCUGCCCUGGACCUGCUGGCCGGCCGACACCCUGGGGGGGGCAGAGGCCAGCCCCCCCCGCACCCCCCCCCAGGAGCAGAACAGAGGAGCAGAACGCCUGGAGUUACACAGCAGAGCGGACACUGAGCCGGCACAGGCAGAUAUACACGCCAACAUGCAUACGUGA